GCCAACGCCACUUUCCUCACCGAGUGUUCAUUUGGAGUUACGAGAGAUCGUCUCGUACAGCUCAUCACGGAUGUCGAACCUUUCGAACCUUAUUGGGAAGAUUUGCUCAGUAUCGACUUAUCUGACAAGGGAGUUGACAGUGUGGCUAGGUUGAAGGAAUUCUUGCCGAAUCUACGACAUGUGAGAUUAGACAGGAACGCUUUGACCUAUCUCAGUGGAGUUCCCGGAAGUGUGAAAGAGUUGAGCGUCGCGGGCAAUAGAUUAACGGGUCUGACCAGUGUGGAUCAUCUGCGAGGAUUGAGAAUUUUAGAUUUAUCGAAGAAUAAGUUGGAAAUGGUAAACCAACUGGCUUGUCUGCAUGAAUUGAAAGAAUUACGAUUGAAUGACAACGUUAUCACCGAUAUAACCAGUAUCAUGAACCUGGAACACCUAACCUCCCUCAGCGUAUCAGGAAACAAAAUUUCUUCCGUUGACUUCUCUAAAGCUAAAUGGGGUAAUCUCGAGAACUUUGAUCUCUGUAACAACUGUAUAAAUACCAUCAAACAUCUUGACAAACUCGAAAAACUUCUUCAUCUGAAUCUUGAUGGAAACCAACUUAAAUCUCUCACAACAAUCGAAACACUCCCCCAAUUAAACAUUCUCAAAAUAAGUGAUAAUCAACUCUCUUCAUUGAAUAUAUCUUCGUUCCCCUCUCUUCACACUCUUCAUGUAGAUAACAACCGUCUAUCCUCUUUACAUAGGUCUACAUCAAUAACAUCCACUAUCGAAUCCCUUUCCAUAAGGAAUCAAAGAUCCUCUAAACCUUUACAUCUUUCUUUACAAGAUCUUCAUUCUGUCAAAAGACUUUAUAUUUCUGGUAAUCCAUUAGAGUCAGAUUUCUUCCCUCUUACUCCGUUGGAUAACCUGGUAUAUGUCGAAAUGGCAGCUUGUAAAAUAUCAACAUGGCCGAAUAAGUUUGCGAGGAGAUUACCAAAUGUCGAAAUAUUGAAUUUGAAUUAUAAUUAUUUCGAAGAUUUAUCAGGAUUGGAAGGGAUGAGAAAGUUGAGGAAAGUCAUGGCUGUAGGAUGUAGAUUAGGUGGGAGUGUUAAAGGGUUUGCUAGAGGUUUAGGUGGUUUGAAAAAGUUGGAAGAAGUUGAUUUGAGGAUGAACCCAUCAACAUUAAGUUUCUACCUUCCACUUCUCCUCACCCCUUCCAACCCUCCUACAACCGAAAUGAUUUCAGUUCAAAACAGGCCAAACGCCACUGCCAUAUUAACCGGUCAACCAGCAAAUAAAUCCUUUGCAAUUUCCACCUCGGGCAAAGAUCAAUUACAAAAAAGUGAAGAUUGGGCAGUGAUGGAUCGAGAAUUCAGACGUAAUUUACCCGAUGGAUGGUAUGGUCGUCGAUUACUCUAUAGAGGUCUGGUGAUGGCCGCUUGUCCUUCUUUGAGGAUGUUGGAUGGGGUUAAAGUGGAAGAAGGGGAAAAGAGGAAAGCUAAAGAAUUGAUAGCAAGAGCUGCUGCUGUGUGA